AUGCACGCCACACAUCUUCAUACAGACAACAUGGCACCGUCAGCAACAGCACACUCAGCGGACGGCCGCACGACCGGCGAUAUCCACCGCGACUACAACGAUGACAGGAAUGCCUCUGCUGAGGACACUGUCUACUGCACGAGCAACGGAGUGCCGAUAGCCCAUCCCUACGAGGCACAGCGAGUCGGUGACAAUGGCCCUCUGCUUCUCCAAGAUUUCCACUUGGUAGACCUGCUCUCCCAUUUCGAUCGCGAACGAAUCCCAGAACGAGUCGUUCACGCAAAGGGUGGAGGCGCCCAUGGCUACUACCAGACCACCGACCCUCUGGACGACCUCUGCUUAGCAGACAUCUUUCAGGCUGGCAAGAAGUGCCCCAUCUCUGUCCGCUUCUCCACAGUCGGUGGCGAGUCUGGUUCUCAUGAUUGCGCUCGCGAUCCUCGUGGCUUCUCAGUCAAGUUCCGUACUGAGGAGGGCAACUGGGACAUGGUAGCGAACAACACCCCCGUCUUCUUCCUCCGAGAUCCGGCGAAGUUCCCUCACUUCAUUCACACACAGAAGCGCGACCCACAGUCGCACCUGACUCACGCCGACGAUUCGACUAUGUUCUGGGACUACCUGAGCCAGAAUCCAGAAUCCGUUCACCAAGUCAUGAUUCUCAUGGGUGACCGAGGUAUCCCAGACGGUUGGCGUAAGAUGCAUGGCUAUGCCGGCCACACUUUGAAGCUCGUCAACAAGAAGGGCGAUUGGGUCUAUGCACAGAUGCACAUGAAAUCCAAGCAAGGAACCGACUUCAUCACACAGGAGGACUCUGCGAACUAUUCGCCAGAUUACGCCCAGAAGGAUCUAUACCAGGCAAUCGAAAAGGGCGAUUACCCAGGCUGGGACGUUGAAUUCCAGACCAUGACACCAAAGGAAGCCGAGGACCUGUGGGAGACACAGAAGAUUAACGUAUUCGACUUGACCCACGUCUGGCCCCAAAAGCAAUUUCCCCGCCGCAAAGUCGGCGAGUUCUUCCUGAACGAAAACGUCAAGAACUACUUCGCGGAGAUUGAGCAAAUCGCCUUCAACCCCGCCCACAUGCCCCCAGGCAUCGAACCCUCAGCAGACCCCGUCCUCCAAUCCCGCCUCUUCUCCUACCCGGACACCCACCGCCACCGCAUCGGCGUCAACUACCAGCAACUCCCCGUCAACGCCCCCCGCGUACCCUACAGGAUCGCCAACUUCCAGCGUGACGGCGCCAUGGCGUACCUCAAUCAGGGCUCGCGACCAGCAUACCUCAGCUCCAUCCAGCCCAACCAGUUCCGGAAGCGAACUGUGAACCUCGACAAGACACACGGCCACUUCGUCGGCGACGCUGUGACGUUCUUGUCUGAGAUCCGGCCUGAGGACUUCAAUGCCCCUCGCGCCCUUUGGGAGCGUGUCUGGGAUGAUGGUGCGCGUGAGCGUUUCAUCAACAACGUCUCUGGUCACAUGAGUAACUGCACGAAGGAGGAGAUUAUUAAGAGACAGAUUGCGAUUUUCCGCGAGGUGUCGAAUGAUCUCGCCACAAGGCUGGAGAAAGCUACUGGUGUGGAGGGAUAUGAUGGUAUUGCGGGGCUGAGUUUCAAUGGCGAACACAAUGGCAUGGCGAAGGAUGCUAGUCUGCGUGCUGCUAACAAUAUGGUUGAUAAGCAGUCGAUGGCUGCCAAUAACGGUGCGCCAGCUGCUGGCACCCACGUUAAAGUCAACUAA